UCCUGAUAAGCGACGCCGACGCUCCCCAAGACCGCAAAAAGCGUCCUCCCGGGCCCGGUUUCAGUUUCAGGCCGAACGUCGUCGCAGCGCCAUCUGCCCCCAUAAAACUCGCACCUCUCUUUAUCUCAUACUCCACUUCUGGUUUUAACUGGCAGAAGGCAAGUCACCAGCACAAUACACACACAAUGGCUGACCUAAGCGCUAGGGACGUUGAAAGGGCUAACUUUGUUUUCUCCAUCUACGAUUUCGAUGGCAGUGGCACAAUUGACGCCGUCAAUCUUGGAGAUAUGCUCCGCGCCCUGAACCUGAACCCAACCCUUGCCACGAUUGAGAAACUUGGAGGAACCAAAAAGAAGAAUGAAAAGAAAAUGAAAGUAGAUGAAUUCCUUCCCAUCUUCAGCCAAGUGAAGAAAGACAAAGAACAGGGUAACUUCGAGGACUUCCUUGAGUGUCUGAAACUCUACGACAAAGAAGAAAACGGCAAAAUGAUGGCUGCUGAACUUGCACACACCCUUCUUUCACUUGGUGAAAGGUUAUCAGACGUCGAGACUGAUGAGGUCUUAGCUGACUGUAUGGACAAAGAAGAUGAUGAUGGUUUCAUCCCUUACGAACCAUUCCUUAAAAAGAUGAUGGCGUAAGAAGCUAUUUAUAGUUAUUUUUAUAUUUAAAUUACUUGAUAAGUGUUGCUGCAACUUGGUCAACUGACACGAUAAAGCCUUACAAGUCAAACAUCAACCAGAGGUCGGCACCAUCCUACAACAUGAAAUCAGGAAAGCUGUAUUUCGGUACAAUUUACCCUAGUGCCACAUUUAAAAACUUUCUUGUAUUAUAUAUUUUUUUGCUAAUGUCAUCUUACAACAUUUGUUGUUUCUUUAUUAAAUUUUAACUUUAUUUAAUUGUCUAUUAUUAUUGUAAAAAAAUAAACUUUAAAAAACCUAUAAA